AUCACAAAGCGGAGUAGGAGUGUGUUGUGUGUUUGGUGUUUUCAUCCCGAAAACCACUAAAUUUCCACCUUUCCCAACGUGAUAGUGGGCUCUUCGUCUACCCAAAAGCUUCCCUGUAAUGCGGAGUGUGUGAAAAUAGCGAAAAAAUGACGGAGAAUCUGUUCAAAGACGUGAAAUACUACGUGACCGGAAAGUUGGAUCCCAAGGUCAAGGAACUCUUGGACAAUGGUGGAGCGUCCAACUCCAAGUUCAUGGUGGACUACAUCACGCACGUGAUUUGCGGAGUGAAUUUCGAUGAGAAUGAGAUCUCGCAGGCGCUGGACUUGUACGAAUUGCCGUCCGUGACGGAAGCCUGGGUGCUGGCGUCUGUGAAGCUGGGCCGCCUGGCCACCACGAAGGCCUACGAGCCGAGCGGCGAGAAGCUGUUCGCGGGCUGCAGAUUUGCGCUGUGCGAUAUGACGGCGAAGGAUCGCAAGACGCUCUUCGCCACGCUCACAUUCCACGGGGCGCAGGUGGAGAGGAAUUUCACGGAGAGGAGCACGCAUCUGGUCUGCACGGCGGCGUCUGGGCAGGCGUACGCGAAGGCCCUGGCAUUGGGCGACAGAGUGAGCGUGGUGACGCCGGACUGGGUGAAUGAGUGCGUGCAGAGCAAGGCUCGGGUGGACGCGCAAGCCUUCCAUCCGAGGCUCCUCGUCACGGCGGAGAGCCAGAAGGCGCCGGUGGAGAUGUCGCAGCAGACGCUGGCCAGCAUAAUUGGCUUCGAUUUCGAGGAGGGCAUCGCCAAGACGGAACUUCCCGUGCCGAAGGCCCCAAUUGCGACCGCUGAGACUGUCAGCACGCCUCAGAGUCAGCCUCCGAAGCCCCAGAUGGUGGCGACUCAGCCCGCGGUGCGCAACAAGUUGAUCCUGCAGCAGCAGCCCGGCGGACCGCGGGCGGUGAUGCAGCAGCAGCUGCAGAACAAGAGUCUGCAACAGCAGUUCCAGCUGCAGAUCCGCCAAACGACGCCCACAUUGCAGAAUCCAGUCAGUGCGGCGGCGGCGGCUUUCCAACCAGCGCCACAGCAGAUGAAGCAAACGGAGAUCAGCAGCCCGCAGAUCAGCCAGAGCUUCCCGACGGAGGGUAAUCAGACCAUUAUUCGGCAGCAGCUGAUUCAGCAGAGCGCGGCGCCGCAGCAAAUGAUCCAGCAGCAGGCGCACAUUAUCGCGACGCCGGCAUCCCAACAAAUGAUUCAGCAGCACGUGCUGACGGCGCACGCCAAGGCAGGCGCGUCGCAGCCGCCGCAGCAGGUACAGUUCAUCCAAGCGACGCCACAACAGGCGCAGAAACUGAAAGCCGGCGCCAUGAUCCAGAUUCAGCAGAACACACAAGUGCUGAACAGUCAGCAGCAGCAAAUAUUUGCCAAUCAAUUGCAGAGUGGCGGAAAUUUGGUGGGUCAGCAAAUGCAGAACAAGCACAUCAUCAUGCAGCAGCAGAGUCACGCACAGCCGAGUCAGCAGCAGCAGAAUAUCGUCAUUAUCAAUCAGUCGAGUCUGAAGCAGUCUGUGCCGCAGCAGGGUGCGGCGCAGGUGACACAGGCACCAGUGAGCCAGGCCACGGCUCAAGCGCAGCCGCAGCAGCAAAUCAUGGGCCAGCAGCAGCCGCAGAACAUCCAGUAUCUGCACACGCUGCAGCACCAGCAACAGCAGCAGCAGCAGAUGACUUUCCAGAUGCAGCAGAAGCCGCAACUCAACAUGUCAGGCGGCCAGAUUGUGCAGCAGAACGCGCCCAGUCAGCUGCCGCCGCAGAACCAACCGGGACAGCCGCAACAGAUCGUGCAGCAGAUCGUCCAGGGGGCGCAGCAAAGUGGCGGCCAGGUGCCACAGAGGAUGGUCACGAUGGCCGGGCAGCAGCAGCAGACGGCGGCAGGGCAGCAGCAGUGGACGACACCGCAGGGGCCGUACGUGAGGGCCGCUCGGCCGCACUGGCAGGGCGGAGCGCCGGCGGUGCCGCAGCGUCAGCUCAUUCACUUGGAUGCGCAGACACACGCACACCUGCAGACGCUGGAUCCCGUGCGGCGGGCGGAGUACAUUGCGAAGCUGCAGAAUAAGCAGCGCGGUAUCAUGCUGCGCCAUCAGAUCUUCCCGGCCGGCGUGCGUCCGGGCGCGGCGCCGCCGGGCAUCGUAACGGCGCAGCUCCCCGCGGGCGGCCACCAACACAUCCUCAUCCAGAGCCAAAUGCCUGGCGGCCUGUCGCCGCAGAGCAAGGCGCAGUGGAUCAGGCAGAACCGGCCGCUGCUCGUGCGCCAGACCAAUGCGCCCGGCCUGUCGCCGAUCUCGCAGCAGACAUCGGGCGGCGGCGUCGUGCAGCAACCGACAGUGCAACCCGCACCGGCGGCAGGAGGUCAAUUUCACCAGGUGGACGCUGGAGCCGCCACGCCGCCGCACUAUCAGCGCGUGAUGCUGCAAAUGCAGCAAGGCGUGACGCCGGGACAGGCGAAGGUUAUCACGCCGGCGGCUGGCAGCAGUCAAUCUGCGGCCGGACAGACUGUGAUGCCACGCGCGGGAUUCCCGGCUGCGCAGGCUGAGAUCGCGGCUGCGACGGUGGACGGAGGUCAAUCGGUGCAGCCGCAGCAACAGACGCACGCGGAGGCCGCGGCGCCAGCUGGGCAGAUGAUCAACAAGACUAAGACGGCGCUAGCUAACAUGCUGAACAGCCGUCUGAGUGGCGCCAACAAUGGCGCCGUGGGGACGCCGGGAGUGCCUGAGUCUGAGCCUUCUGCCGCAGGAACGUUGCGCAUGAUGACGGCGCAGCACAACGCCGCGCUGAGUCUCUCCGGAACACCGCGGACGCCCCAGGACAUCAUUGCCAUGCAGCGACGCACGCUUGGCAACAUCACGAACAGCGCCACGGUCGGUUCGCCUGUUGUGGCGCAAGUGGCGCAGGGACAGCUGCCGAUCGUCGUGCCACAAUCGCCCUCCGCCGGCGGCCCGCUGAAGAACACGGCGCCCUUCAGUCCAGGACGCACGCCGCUUCCGCCGCGGCCGCAGUUCUACGGUCACAAUCCAAAUCUCAAGCUGCCGCCUGAUCUGUUUCUGCUCGGGUGCACGUUCUUCGUGGUGGAGUACGAUGAGACCAACAAGGCCGAGCUGCCGGCGUGGCGAGAGCUGAUCCAGAAGCACGGCGGUGAGAUCGAGUCGUUCUACUGUCAGAAGGUGACGCACGUGCUGUGUCGCACGCAGCGCCACGGCGUCGUGAUGCAGGCGAUACGCGAUUCAAAGCGCUGCGUGACGGCGUACUGGCUGAACGACACGAUUCUGCGACGGCAGGUGCAGCCGCCAUGGCAAGCGAUCCACUUGCCGGCGCCCAGCACGUUCGGCAUGCAGAAGCCGGCGACUCGGCACAUCAUCGCCAUCUCGGGCUUCGAGGGCGACGAGCGACAGCGCAUUAAGAACAUGGUGGAGGAGUCCGGCGGCAAGUUCACGGGCUACUUCAGCAAGCAGAACACCGUGUUGAUCUGCAAGAAGCCCGAGGGCGCCAAGUAUCGGCGCGCCAAGGAUUGGGCGGUGCCGGUGGUGAACGCCACGUGGCUGAGCGACAUCCUGCUGGGCAAUCUCAGCUCCAUGUCGCAGUACGAGAUCACCAAGUAUCAGCAAUACAACCUCAUGGGCCCAUUCAGGAUCGAGUACGGCCUCGUGCCGCACCUCAUGACUGCGUGGAAAUCGCCGAUAAAUCUCACUCAGGAGUCCCAUGAGAAGGUCAAGCGGUGCCUUUCGGAGCCACAAAGUGCGCCGAAGCCCAAGAAAAUACGCACUCUGCCACCUUUGGAGCCCAUCCCGGAUGAGAUUGUCUGCACAAAGACGCCGGAAGGUGACGAAGUGCCUAAGAUACUCUUCUCGCAAGUGGACAAUCUCGAUGGCUUGACGCGAGCGGUGACUUCUCUCGGCGGAAUUGUCGUGCAGAAUCCUCUCGAGGCCACGCACUUGGUGAUGACUCGUUUAACGCGCACGCACAAGCUACUGCUGGCCAUGUGCGUGGUGAAGCACAUCGUGAGCACGCAGUGGCUGAUGGAGAGCGCCAAGGAGGGCAGCUUCCAGCCGCUGGACGCGUACGUGAUCAAGGAUGCCACCUUCGAGGACAACUUCAAGUGCGACAUCCACGAGACGGUGAAGAAUCCGAACAGGGGACAACUGUUCGACGGCAAGACGUUCUACAUCACGCCAAGCGUGCGACCGGCCGUGCGUGAGCUCACGCAGAUGAUCGAGGCGAGUGGCGGCAAGGUGGAGAAGGCCAGGAGAUCCGUGCUGAAGAUCCAGGAGGCGAAUGCGCAACUGGCGGACAGCUACAUAAUCCUCAGCUGCGCCAAUGAUCUUCAUCUGUUGGCGGAUCUCACGCGGUCUGGCAAGCAGAAUCGCAUCAUAUGCACAACGGAAUUCGUCAUGAGAUCCAUCAUGACGCAGAGCAUCAACAUCGAGCCGCAUAUUAUGAAGUACUUCUAGAUUUAGGCAUGAAAAUCAUGAAAUACUAUUAGAAUUGUAAACUAUUUUUACAUUGCACAUCGCAAUAAAGCAAGGAAU